GUUUACAGUGAUCCGAGCAGCGGGGAAGCUCAGAGUCGGGAUCCGCUGUACGUCAAGGAGAUUAGUCAAAUAACCUCUCCGGGUGUAGGACAUACCCCUCCACCUCCUCCCGCCUCCCCCCACCCCCCCCUCUCGGGCUCGCCUGACUGCGCGGGCUGAGGACGCGACAUGGUCUGACAAAUAGUCAGGAAGCUCUUGGGGAAAAACACAAGUGCACUACUUUUUUUGUAUUUCUCUCUCUUUCUCUCUCUCUCUUUUUAUUGUUGUUGUUAUUGUUGUGUCUCGAUGGGACGACAGUUUUGAUCCUACAGCAGCAUCUUCAUCAUCUCCUCCUCCUCCUCCUCCUGGUCUCCCCACCCACCCGCCCCCCCCCCUCCCGGUGCGAAAUGGCGAAAGAAAACGGCGAGUCCAGCGAUGGAUCUUGGAAAAAGAAUGUCGACGAUAUCAAGAAUAUAUUUGACUUCAAAGAAGUCCUCGGCACCGGUGCGUUUUCCGAAGUGGUGAUGGCUCGGGAGAAGGCCACGGGAAAGAUGGUGGCAAUCAAGUGCAUCCCGAAAAAAGCGCUGAAGGGAAAGGAGACGAGUAUCGAGAAUGAGAUCGCAGUGCUCAGGAAGAUAAAGCAUGAGAAUAUUGUGGCUCUGGAGGACAUCUACGAGAGCUCAAACCACUUGUACCUCAUAAUGCAGCUGGUGUCUGGAGGCGAGCUGUUCGACCGCAUCGUAGAGAAAGGGUUCUACACAGAGAUGGAUGCCAGCCGGCUCAUUCGACAGGUUUUGGAUGCAGUCAACUACCUGCACUCUCUGGGCAUAGUGCACCGAGACCUAAAGCCGGAGAACCUGCUGUACUUCAGUCCCCACGAUGAAUCAAAAAUCAUGAUCAGUGACUUUGGCUUAUCAAAGAUGGAGGGAACGGGUGACGUGAUGGCCACCGCCUGUGGGACUCCAGGAUACGUUGCUCCUGAGGUUCUGGCUCAGAAGCCCUACAGUAAAGCUGUGGACUGCUGGUCCAUUGGGGUCAUCGCUUAUAUUCUGCUGUGUGGUUACCCUCCGUUCUACGACGAGAACGAUUCAAAGCUCUUUGAGCAGAUUCUCAAGGCCGACUAUGAGUUUGACGCACCGUACUGGGACGACAUAUCAGACUCCGCCAAAGACUUUAUCAGCUGCCUCAUGGAGAAGGACCCAGAGAAGAGAUUCAUAUGUGACCAGGCUCUUCAGCACCCUUGGAUUGCCGGAGACACCGCUCUACGCAAGAACAUCCACGAAUCCGUCAGUCGACAGAUGCGGAAAAACUUUGCCAAAAGCAAAUGGAGGCAAGCCUUCAACGCCACGGCCGUGGUCCGCCACAUGAGGCGCCUGCAGCUGGGCACCAGCUUCGGCAGCAGCGUCCACAACAACAACAACAACGCCGCGUCCGGCCCCCAGAGCCGCGCUCCGGCCAAGAGCCAGUCGGUGGACUGCGCCCCGCUUUCCCUGAAGGACGGCUCUCCAAUAGAACCCCUGCCCUCUGCUGUCAAAGUGUGCGCCCAGGACCCCGGCCCCGCCCCCCCCGCCCCCGGCGCCGCACUGGAGGAGCCGCCCGCGGUGGCCGAGCCGCCGCGCCCGCGCCCCUCCACCGUCACGGUCAUCCACACCGGGACUAAAUGACGCCAGGUGCCGCGGGAGGUGAGCUGGGAGACCACGGAGCUUUGAGACGGGGGGGGGACGCCACCCCGUCCCUCCCUCCCUCCCCAGGCCUCGACGCCGUCGCCCAGUUUGCUCGUCCCGCGGCCUCCCACCUGUUUCUGCCAACCACGGGAGGAGUUUUGAGGAGCGUUGGCUCAGCCCGGCAGCCCCCACACCCCAACUCCCCCCCCACACCCCCCCUCUCAGUACAGAGGGGAAGAUGCUCACCAGAAGUGGUUAUUGUGGAGGCCGUAGUCCACCUGAUGAAUCGUGGUUGUUUGGCAGAGAAAGCAGGAGGUUGGGGAGCGCCACGCUGAUGGGAACACUUUAUUGACGCUGCUAUCCGUUUAGACUGCGAGUGUCCUAAGAAAGGGACACUCCUCGGUAUGCCUUGUGUAAAUACCUGGAAAUGUUGAAUGGUGUCAUGUUACGCUGCGGUAAAUAAUUGUGACAUCAUCUGUGCUCUGUUCUUAGUUUUUGUUGUUUGGACAGCGCUUCAUUUACUUUGCUGUGCUGUUCGUUACAAUUGCGCCCAACAGUGUGACGGUAUGCUUUACCUCUUUGCUUUUAAAGUGUGUGUGUGUGUGUGUGUGUGUGAACAGGAAACAGCAGGACGACGACGUGCUUCAAUCACGGCUGUGAUGCCUGAGAGAGCCGGUGCAUUGCACUAAUGUAUUGGAUUAUUUAUUUUCUUAUAAUACAUAUUAUCACUUUUGUAAAAUAUGUGUAAAUGUGCUAUUAGAGAGGACUGGAGUCUAUUGAAUGAUGAAGAAUCUAAUUGUUGUUACUCUGUAAUUGGUGUUUGAUCUGAUGAACAGGUUUUUUGGACGUAACUGUGAACUCCUCGUUGACCACAGGGGGGCAACCAUGAGUGUUGUUGCCAUGUGACCAGUUCUCAGGGAUGAGCUCCAACAUGAAGCCAAAACCCUCUCACCUCUGAGGAGGCCGAUGAAAUGGUUGGAACCUCCAGUUACUGCAUGUUAUUCUGAUGUGCCAUCAAUGUUCUUCUUUAAACCCCUCAUGAUUGACAGUAUGGUAAUGGUACUUGUACUGAAUGUAUUGUUUUCCCGUUAAAACCCAGAAUCAAAUUGGGAAUUAAAGAUGACCGUGUUCAUCACAAAGUGAGCGGAAAAACAACAAAUUAAUGCAAAUGUAUAUUCAUAAUGGAUUCCCCAGAGCAGAAUUCCUUUGCUGUGUUGGGUCCAGUAGUCGUACUAUCGUGCUGUGCUUCCGCUCAUGCAGUGGCUGGUCUGAGAACAGCUCUCUCUCUCUCUCUCUCUCUCUCUCUGUGUGUUUGAUCACUGUACUUUCAUACCAGCCUGUUGAAUUCAGCACAAAGACUCUCUUUCUCGCUCCAGAGGCUUCCCAUACACAGAGAAAAUAAGGUAUCUGUCUUAGAGGGUUCUCUGUGCUACCUCUUAUUUAAUUUAAAAUCACUUAAUUUGAAUGGAAAAAAAAGAACUCCUCUAAAAUAUGUCCAAUAUUGAGGGCUUUGUCAUAUUGAAUUGUCUAAAAUGCUGUGAUGAAUAUUGACAUCUACUUAUUGUAAAUUUAAAGCUCAACAACAGUUAGCUCGGGUCUUGAGUGUUAAUCUAUAUUUUGUCUUCCCCUUUAUAUUUCCCUUCCAAAAAAGCAUCAGCAGGAAUCAGAAAUGUGACGCAUUGCGAGCUCCUCAGUUUGCAUGUAUGACAUAUUGUUGCAGAAAUGUGCUUUGGAGUUUUAGAGGCUAAUGUAUUAAAAUAGACGCAUGCAUGAGUUGUUGCUUCUUGACGGGGGAGUAAAUGGUCAAAUUAUUUCAGUUUGUACACAUUUAUUACAAUAAAAAUACAGUUUUU